UACAAAACAAAUCAUUGUCUGAACUUCGAUUUUUUCCUGAAAUGUUUGAUCGAUAUUAGCUUCAGUAAAUUUGUCGUUUCAAUGUAUUUUGUGGUUGUUACACGUACAAAUUUUAUAUUUAUCAAGUGGUUUGUAAUUUAAAACAUGGAUGAACUUAAGGAUUCGAGCGUCUUUCACACGGCACUUACUAUUUGCGAAUCAAUCGAACAACACCCUUCUUAUCCUGGAAUUUUAGAACAAGUUCAGAAAUUAUUAUCAGAUUCAUCUGUAACAUUAGAAAAUUUCAAUGAAACGCUGUUAAAAAUUUUGCGGGAGCAUGGCAUUGAAGUGCAAAUUAAAAACAAUGUAUAUCACUGGUUGACGGCAAAGAGGCACUUCGAGUCGCCGGUUGUCGACGCUGCUUUCUUUAAACGAGCGCAAGUUCAAUGGGAUAAAAGAAUUCACAAGUCAUUAAACUCCAUGUGCACUGAGUUGGGAAUUACUCUUGCGAAAGCAAGAAGUAGUCCUGAUAAAGAAGAGUUGACUGAAAAGUGGGGAGAACUUAGUAAUUAUGACAUUGGAAAAAAUAAUACAACACAAUAUCGUCCUGUGUAUGCUCCCAAAGACUUCCUCGAAGUUGUGCUUCAUUUAAAACACACAACUUGCAAGGAAACUUUAGAUGAUCCUGAAUGGGAGUUUUCUUUCCUCCCAUUACAAGUCAAAGAUUUAGAUCAACUUAGAGCAUUAUAUGCCCCAUUUGCGAGAGGAGAACAAAUUUUAGGUAAUCACUCAUUUAAUACACCUUUGGAAACCAAACGAAUGCAACUGGGAGAAAAAAUAAUUCGUCAGGCAUAUGCUCCAGUUGCCCAAGAGUUCUUAAAAAAGGGGUGCCCGAAAAGUUUAAGAGCAGAUAUUUGGAGUAUUGUUUUGAAUACAGAAAUUACUGCCGUUCAUCGAGAUCAUUAUCAAUCACUAAUAAUGCAUACAAUUCAAUAUGAUUUAAUGAUUGACAAACUAAUAAUGAAAGACAUUCAACUGACGGCUUCAAAUGAUGACCAAUAUUUUGUAUUUGAAGAUGUUCUAUAUCAGGUGAUGUUGUGUUUCAUGCGAGAUAGUCAAAUAUUGAAACACAUCUCUAGUCAACCAGGCUACAUGCAAGUUAUUUUAAAAGGUAAACAACCAACUACUGAUAAUACAAUGACGUUUCCACCUAGUGGUGUGAUUCCUUUUCAUGGAUUUUCUAUGUAUGCCGCCCCAAUUUGUUACAUUUAUAAGGAUCCAGUGAAGUUAUAUUAUGUUUUUCGGUCGUUUUAUUUGAAAUAUUGGCACCGGUUGCAUCGACUUUGUGGACAUGAGCAAGGAAUAGUUGCAAUUUGUCUUCUUUUUGAACGCCUACUGCAAAAAUACGAACCAGUUUUAUGGCAUCACUUCAAAAAAAUUAAUAUUCCACCAAUUAAAGUUGUUUUUAAAUGGUUAAUGCGCGCUUUUAGUGGACAUCUUCCACCGGAGCAAGUUCUGCAACUGUGGGAUUUAGUUCUGGGGUAUGAUUCUCUGGAAAUCAUUGCUUUCCUUGCUGUCGUUAUUCUGAUUUUUCGUAAAGAGAAUCUGCUCAGAGUAGUAACAUUGCAAAACGUCGAAGCUGUUCUUGCAGACAUUUCUUCUAUCAAUGUGAUUGCAUUGUUGCAGAUGGCACUUAUCAAGCCACCUCCAGAAAUUAGUUAAUUAUAUUGUGUAGUUUUGCAUGUAUUCUAGUGUAAAAUGUGCCCAGAAAGCGAAUAAAUUUCAGUUCGUUGAU